GGAGGAAUCCAUUUCAUCUCCCCUGCGAAAUAUAUUGAAAAUGUCGGACCUGAAAAUCGUAAUAGAAAACAAAGAGACUCGAUUUCAUUCGCAUCCCGCGUUGGGCGCCGUUUUUUGACGCGCCACCUCACGCGCCGUCGAAUUCCAUCCGUUCUUCAAAAGCUAGAACUAAAAAGCUUUAUCAAUCAAAAAGCCUGUCCAGAUGAUGGAAUCGCCGAACGGUUCUACAGGAGAAGAGAACUUGACGAAGAAAUCGGAUGCAUCGGAUCGCGAUCACUCCCCGAUUCAUGUUAAGCUGGCUCAGGAUCCGGAUCCGAGCCCGAAAACCCAUCCGGUUUCCCUUGAAAGGGACAAUGCUGAGAUAACUGAUGACCAUUCUUCGUCAACAACAACACCGGGAACUUAUUCGCCGUCGCCGACGGCUAUCCGAUCGAAGAAAUCGGUUCGGUGGAGUCAUGAUUUGGUGGAGGAGAGGACGUUGCCACCGCUGGAGAAGAGUGAUGACGAUUACGAUUCAUCUAAUCCUUAUGUUAAUCGUUCUCAGGGAUCAUCCAAUUCUCCAGCAUUCAACAUCAACAAUUCUAUGGACAAUAUUAAAGGUGCUCUUGGUAGAUGGAGAAAGAAGGUCGGAGAAGCUACAAAAAAAGCAGAGGAUCUCGCCGGCAAUACUUGGCAACAUUUGAAAACGGCUCCUAGUCUUACAGAUGCUGCAUUAGGAAGAAUAGCACAGGGAACUAAAGUUCUAGCAGAAGGAGGCUAUGAAAAGAUAUUCAGACAGACAUUUGAUACAGUUCCAGAAGAGAUUCUUCAAAAUUCAUAUGCUUGCUACCUGUCCACGUCAGCAGGCCCUGUCAUGGGUGUCUUAUAUGUAUCCACUGCAAAACUUGCAUUCUGUAGUGACAACCCAUUGUCAUAUAAAUCCAAUGACAAAACCGAAUGGAGCUAUUAUAAGGUGAUAAUACCAUUACAGCAGUUAAAGGAAGUGAACCCAUCAUCAAGUAGGGCAAAUUCAUCUGAGAAAUAUAUUCAGGAUGCCAUACAGACACGUGGCACAAUUUCAGUGUGA